UCUCUCUCUCUCUCUCUCUCUCUCUGCGAAUUCAAACUUUCCCUAAACAAACCACGAUGAUUUCAAGUCUCAAAUCCGAAGAAUCCAGCGGUCAGUUGCAGCUGGUUGAACGUGAAGAUAUGGAAGAUGAAGAAGACCUCUUCGAAGCCAUCGACAAGCUGAUUUCGCAAGGAAUUAAUGCUGGAGAUGUGAAGAAGCUUCAGGAUGCAGGGAUCUUCACCUGCAAUGGCUUAAUGAUGCACACUAAGAAGAACUUGACCGGAAUCAAAGGUCUAUCUGAGGCUAAGGUCGAUAAGAUCUGUGAAGCUGCUGAGAAGCUUGUGAAUUCUGGUUACAUUACCGGAAGUGACGCACUGCUCAAAAGAAAGUCUGUGGUUAGAAUUACAACUGGAAGCCAAGCACUUGAUGAAUUGCUAGGAGGUGGAAUCGAGACACUGUCAAUUACGGAAGCAUUUGGAGAAUUCCGAUCUGGGAAAACACAACUUGCUCAUACUCUCUGCGUUUCCACUCAGCUGCCAACUAAUAUGAGGGGAGGCAAUGGAAAAGUUGCUUACAUUGACACAGAAGGAACUUUUCGACCUGACCGUAUUGUUCCCAUAGCUGAGAGAUUUGGCAUGGAUCCAGGGGCUGUACUGGACAAUAUUAUCUAUGCUCGUGCCUACACUUAUGAGCAUCAGUAUAACCUUCUCCUUGGUUUGGCUGCUAAAAUGUCUGAAGAACCAUUCAGACUUCUGAUUGUGGAUUCAGUGAUUGCCCUGUUUCGGGUGGACUUCACAGGAAGAGGAGAACUUGCUGAGCGCCAGCAAAAACUGGCACAGAUGCUUUCUCGACUGAUUAAGAUAGCUGAGGAAUUCAACGUUGCGGUUUAUAUGACAAAUCAAGUCAUAGCUGAUCCAGGAGGUGGUAUGUUCAUAACUGAUCCAAAGAAACCAGCAGGAGGACAUGUGCUAGCCCAUGCAGCCACAAUAAGGCUGAUGUUCAGGAAAGGGAAAGGUGAACAGCGUGUUUGCAAAGUGUUUGAUGCCCCAAACCUGCCAGAGGCUGAAGCAGUCUUCCAGAUAACAGCAGGGGGCAUUGCUGAUGCAAAGGACUAAGAUUGAUGAUGCAAAGGACUGAAGGCAUCUGCUUCCUACUUUUAAGACUAUUCCACAAAAGAGGCUGAAUAAUUUUAGUAUAACCUUAAUCUUCUUGAUAAAUGCUUAUAUUUUGUAUUAAAAGCGUUGUUGCUUGAACGCUUAGUAUAUUCCAGAAAUAUCAUUUCAGUACCUUUUAUAUAUGUUUCCUUUAUAUUAAGCAGCUGAUAUUUGGCAAUUACAAUGUAAUUAAACAUUUCAAAAUCUCCAAUGUCAAUAGUGACUUUCUGGUGUUAGUCUGUUUGUGAUAUAAUAUCAAUCACAUUAACAUUUUUAAGUAGGGCAUAGAUAAACCUACACUUUAUGAUGAAGGCAGU